AUUAAAACAUGCCAGAUUACAGCUGAAUAAAUCAUGGUUGUAUUAUUAAUGGUUAAAAAAAAUUCCAUGGCAACAUUAUGUACUCUUAAAAACACCUUUAAGUUUGUAACUUAAUUUUUUUUUUGCAAAGUCUAAAAAUUUGCAACGUUGAGUCAGAGCAAGAGAAAAUACCUCAUUAUUUCCUCAAGGCCAGAGGCAUCAUAAAUUAAUGAUCAAUUUAGGAGGCUCUAAGGCAACACAUUUUUUCAAAGUUUUGCAUAAAGAUGAAUUUUUACUACAGAAGUUAAUAUGAAAACUGCCGCGACUGGCUUUCGAGUUUGCUCAACUAUCGAGAAAUUUAACCCACCCCUAGCCCCCCCGAGUGUUUUAGAUGAGGUUUAAGGCUUUGUAAACGCGAAAACCACGCGUAUCUAAAACAUAACAAACACGUUUACACGCUCUCGUCAAAACACGUCUAUAAAUCAAUAACAAGAGAGUGCGCACCGUCAGUUAUCAGUGGGUUAUCUUUUGAAAAAUAAAAAGUUUAUCUGAAAAUAUCAUUACUAUUUCACGAGAAAAGAGAAAUUCUUACAAAAUGGGACAACUAUCAUCAUUGAGUGCAGCAGAUAUCGCUAAGUACGAAACAAUUUAUCACGGGAAAGUUAUUAUUUUCCUUUAAUUGGCGUGAAAUGACGAGGAAUUGAAUUUCUCGUCAUUUCACGUCAAAUAAAUGGAAAUCUUUUUGGGUUUUAGGUAGAAAGACACUAAGGCGCCAAUUAUUACUCUCCACGAACAGGCAUGAUCAAGAUAUUAAUUUUGAAAUGAUCACUGGCAGAAAUAAUUUUAAAACCUUCUUUUCGAGUAGUAAUAGCAUUACGUAGAUAAAAGAAAAUACAGAAAAAUAGCAGCACCAUUACCGAAGCUUCUUUCAUGUGCACCGUUUUCAAAUCGUUGAACUAAAAAGGAUCGUCAAUGGUAAUUUGAUAAUAUAAAAAUAAAUUAAAUAAAAUUUUUAAAAUAUCGAGAGUAUGGCAAACGCCAAAUAAUGGUUACGGAAAAUCUAUUAUUUGACACUACCACGAAUUUAAAGCAUCCAUUGUAUUAGGAGGCAGCGUGUCUCUAUAAACAAUUCUCUACAAUUGUGUGAGCGAGCCAGUUCAAGAUUCCUGUGUUUUAGCAAUCGAAAUCUUUUUGAGAAAAACAGGAAACCGACAGCUCCUUAACGAUCAAACAUUUUCGUACAGUGGCAAGCUGGAGGGUCGAAGUAGACCGAACAAUUUCAUCCAGUAGUCACGCAUGUCGAAAAGCCGUGCGCUUGUUUGAUCGUUUGGUAAUCCGUCUUAAAUGCGGCAAACACCAUUUGGAACGAAAAUGUUGAAUGGUUUAGCCAGGGGCUAAGGAAGAGUCAAUGACAAAAAUGCUGGUAAGAAAUGCGCUUAAUUUGAAGAAACAUUUCUUUUUCAAGAAUCCUUUUGCAAACUCAAGAUAAGCAAACGGCCUUAAUUUGUUUCUAUCUAAACAGGUUCAUUGACAUGUCAUUUUUGUCUUGAUUUUCAGAGCGCAACGCAUUGUUGAGAACAGCAAUUUCCGAACAGCCAAGACUUAAAAGAUCAUGAUAUGACUGCUUCCACGCCUUCAGGCUUAAAGCUGUGCUUGAACCAUACACGCUAAUCAGCAAUCAUGUCUGAGCAAAACUCAGCCUUACCUAACUUAACUACAUCUCCACCAACGACUCAAGCCAGGGAUGGAGAAUCAAUAGAUUCUGAUGACGCGACAUGGAUUCUGACAAGUGCCUUCAUUAUUUUCACAAUGCAGUCUGGCUUCGGUCUCCUCGAAUCCGGCAUGGCGUCAAGAAAAAACGAAGCUAACAUCAUGGUCAAGAACGCAGUUGAUGUCAUCUAUGGUGGAUUGUCCUAUUGGCUUUUCGGGUUCGCGCUCAGUUUUGGAAAAGAGCAAAUUGGGAAUGGCUUCCUCGGCUUGGGAUAUUUUCUGACGGACGCAGACGAAAGCGAAAUGGGGCAGGUGUUCUCAAAAUAUUUUUUUCAACUCUCUUUUUCUACGACGGCGACAACAAUUGUUUCCGGAGCAAUGGCGGAAAGAACAAACUUAAAAGCCUACACACUUUAUUCGUUUUUGAACACUUUGACUUACACCCUCCCAGCUCACUGGAUUUGGGCUGACAAUGGCUGGCUUCGGAGAAUGGGGGCCGUAGACAUCGCCGGCUGCGGAGCAGUGCAUUUAGUCGGAGGUGUUAGUGGUCUGGUGGCGACGAUAAUAUUGAAGCCUCGAACGGGAAGAUUUGACACAAAUUCUCCGCCACUGCAAAUGGCCUCUCCGACAAAUGUUCUCCUGGGAACUUUCAUGUUAUGGUGGGGCUGGUUGGGUUUCAAUUGUGGCAGCACAUUUGGAAUAAGUGGCAAGAAAUGGAAACUUGCUUCAAGGUCAGCUGUAGUUACAAUCAACGGCUCUAUUGGCGGAGGGAUAAUGGGCAUGAUGUACAGCUACAUUUUCUUCAAAAAGAAGUUAGAUAUUCCGACGUUUGUGACGGGGAUUUUAGCAGGGCUCGUCAGUAUUACAGCUAUCUGUUCCCUCGCUCGCCCAUGGGAAGCUCUUCUUAUUGGUGCAAUCGGCGCCAUGUUGGCAUGUCCCACAUCCGCUCUUCUUGAAAGGCUCAAAAUCGAUGAUCCUGUCAGCUGUGUACCUACACAUGGCUUGGCAGGGAUCUGGGGCCUAUUGGCUGUUGGCUUGUUUGCUGAGAAAGACAUACUGGAACGUACAUUCUCCAACGAGUUUGGACUCUUCAAAGGUGGUCCUUGGAAAUUCGUGGGAGUUCAAUUGCUUAUGUCCGUUGUAAUGGCUGCGUGGGCCGGUCUCACAACAUUACUAGAGCUACUAUUGGUCGAUCGGCUGCUUGGACUUCGCAUGAGCGUUGAGGAUGAGCUACUGGGCGCUGAUAAAGUUGAGCAUGGAAUUGACGAUGACAUUCCCGACCCGAAUCACGAGGAGAAAGAAAGGGAAGGAGACAACAACAUGACAAUAGUAGAACUGGAUCUAAGCGCCUUGGAAAAAGGUGAGAUUGGCACCACUUUGUCCAAAACAGAGAACGGAGGGAAAGAUUCGCGCAAAAUAAUCCGUACCCGAAGGAAACUCCCUCGACUGAAUUGGCGAAGAGCUGUGUCACUGAGAAGCUCUGCAACCAAGAACUCUGGCAAGGGUACAUUUUCAUUAAAAGACGGGUAUAGUAACGGCGGCGUAAGACUUGACGUUAUAACUGAGCUUGCUCAAGAAAACGGAAAUCUGCCGACUUCCACGACGAACAGUAGUGUUUUUCAUACAAGCUAAGACUAGAAACAGAAAACUUAAAAGCGGAAGUGAAGGAGCUGCUUUUUAAACCCCGUUGUCUGCUUUAUUAAAUUUAGGAGAACGUUUUCCAAUCAAACAGUUCGUACAACUACGAAUUAAAAUAAGUAAAUAGACAAAUGAAUAAAGAAGAACGUUUUGUCUA